AAUUCUAAACCACCAACUGUUAUCCAGGCGGCCAUUCCCACCAUCUUGGAGAAAACUGGUAAAGAGUUCUUCCAUAGGAGGCAGAUGUUUCUGAAAGAUAAAACCGAUCUUGCAUAUUAUAAGCUCAAGAGCAUACCUUCCCUCACCUGCUACAUGAAACCUGAAGCGUGCACCUUCUUCUGGACCGAGCUGAACUUAUCAUCCUUUGUGGAUAUUGAAGAUGAUGAAGAUUUCUGUGAAAAAUUAGCUACUGAGGAAAACCUCGUCCUUUUGCCAGGGAUUGCUUUUACUCUGAAGAACUGGGUGAGGCAUUCUAUUGACAUGGAUACUCCAACUUUGGAGGAUGCAUUUGAUAGAUUGAAGAGCUUUUGUGAUCGCCACUCCAUUUCAGGUGAAACUCCACGCAAAGCUGUCAAUGGUGUCAACUAAAGGGUUCUUAUGUAAGCCUAAGUCUUUUUAUAUGCUAUGAUAAUACAUAAAUGGGGGUGUUUUGCUUUUAUGAAUAAAUUACGAACACCUUUCGAGUUUGUGACAGAAUAAAUCAAUGGUGUACAAUAGUAAACCAUUAAUCAUGUAUGUUUUCACAUCGUUGGGUAUGUCUUUCGAUGUAUGUAUGUCUUUGUACUUUUUAUAAACGAAUAAGAUUCAGCUUGUUUUCAUUAGAA